AUGCAAUCCACUUCAAUUCAAUUCAGUCCCACCAAGGACGGGCGUCGGAUUCUAGGAGAAAAGGAUACCAACGCGUGUCUAUCGCCUGCACAUGGCAACAAACAGUCCCUCUCGGUCGCGGGGACACCAGUCAAACGGACCUUAUUCUCUACCAUGUCUCCCAAGAAGCUUCUUCCUUCCCCAAUCUUUGCUGGUCAAAAAAGAUCAAGAGAUCAGGUUGAUGAGACCGAAAUCAAUGCUCAGCCAUUGCCCGCAUCGCGGGGCUCUUUGAGUGAAAACUCCCAAUCCCCAGUCGAUAUCACCCACGACGAGGGACUCGACGCGCAGGACAUCCGCGUCGCCACACCUACACGCUCCCCACGCGACGCCAGUCAACAUCUCAUGAAGACACAAAUUUCGCCCGCCGAAACAACCACCCCAGAAAAAGAAUCACCAGCCAUUCCGGAAGACCCAGACGCACGGAAAAUAUUCAUUCAAGAAAAAGCCGCACUGCUCCGCAACACCCUACAAACAGCCAUGCGCAACGUAACCAAUCAACAAAUUGAUCGACGAGUCUCCGAACUAGAGGAACACAGUCGGAAACGUCCCAAAGUACCAGUUCCCACGUUCUUCGAGUCUCCGUUACCUUCCUUGUCUUUCCGAAAAAUCACCACACCCCAAUUCACCACUCCGCGUAUCGGCUCAAUGCCUGAUAUGAGCUCGACCCCAUGCCAAUCUUUUCAACAAACACCUGACCUGCCUCGUCGACGGUCCCCAUUGGCCCAUGCCACAGAACGCGUCAAGUCUUCACAGCGAACUCCACCUCGCGCCUUAGGGUCCCCGAUGCAACUGAGCAGUCCCCCCGCCACAGUAGUUCGUCAUUCUCGUACUCGGGAUCUCGAUGACGAGGCGAUCGAGGAAGUCUGCCGAGACGACAUGACACCAUCUCAGCGCGGUGACGCGGUUGAUGGGUUGCUCAAACUGAUGAACACCGCAGAUAGGCGGGCCAACGCAGAUGCAUGGACUACGUGA